AUGGCCCUGACCAUGCAGCGCAACGCCUCCGCCGCGGCCGCCGGCCGCGCCCGCAGCGUGUCUGUGGUCGCCAGGACGGCUGUCAAGACCCCGAAGAGCACCACCAAGGUGGCCACGACCAAGACCUCCGGCAGUGGCCUCGCCGUCCUGGCCAAGGUCCAGGAGCUUGGCCUGCUGUCCAAGGUCCAGGAGCUCGGACUGCUUUCCAAGCUGGAGAAGUCCGGCCUGACGCUGUCCAAGAUCGAGGAGUCCGGCCUGCUAGUGCAGCUGGAGCAGUCCGGCCUGCUGAGCGUCGCCGCCGACAAGUCGACCCCCGGCGUGCUGGGCGCCGUCGGGUACCUGCUGGUGGCGGCCGCCGCCGCGGUGGUCUACCUGGUCCCCGACGAGACCACCAGCCAGCUGGUGGCGCAGGCCGCCGGCGCCGCCACCCUGGCGCUGGCUGGGGCCGGCGCGCUGGCGGGCGCCUCGUUUCUCGGGGACCUGCAGAAGGUCGAGUGA